CAAAGUCGUAUAUUAGUACAUGUACUUGAUAAAAUAUAUUAUCUGAUAUACAUACUCACAAGUAUAUAAACAAGUUGCUGUUUCACUCUUCAGUUUAGACCGACUGGAUCAGACGAAUUUUCCUUGUGAUAAAGUUAUUAAAAUGUUUUUCUAUUUAUUCGGUUUUGCCGCAUUUUUAGUGGUCAUUCACAUACUUUUUAAUUACAAUCCUAAGGCCAGGGCCAUUUUGAGAAUCCCAACGACAAGUGGUAACUUUAUUAUUGGACAUGCCUUGAAUAUGUUGUUGUGUUCUGAAGUGGAGCUCUUCCGUUUGGGUCGGGAAAUGGCCGCCAAGUUCCAAGGAAUAUACGGAUUCCACGCGUUCCCAGUGUCCAUCGUCAACAUUUACAAUCCAGAAGACGUCGAGAUUAUCACAUCAAAUAUGAAACACCACGAAAAGGGCUUCAUAUACAAGUUCUUACAGCCGUGGCUCCAAGAAGGUCUACUUUUAAGUAAUGGUCCGAAAUGGCAGAAACGUCGAAAGAUUCUCACAUCGGCAUUUCAUUUCAAUAUAAUACCAAAAUACUUUGCGACGAUGAAGGAUAACGAUAAAGUAUUGAUUGAAACUUUAAAGAAAAGUGACGGACAACCCAUAGACAUCGUCACCACCAUCUCCGAGUAUACGCUUAACACUAUUUGUGAAACUGCAAUGGGAACCAAGUUAAGCGAGAAGGAAUCUGAAUUAGGGAAAUCAUACAAAGAAGCUAUUUAUGCCCUCGGAAGACUUCUAGUAAAGCGUUAUUCUAAUGUCUUUGCGUAUUCAGAUUUCAUAUAUUUUUAUUUAACGUCAUUAGGUAGACGACAAGUGAAAUACUUAAAUGUUAUUCAAGAUUUCACAAAAACUAUAAUAAAACAGAGAAAAGAAGCUUUAAACGCAAAUGAAGUUAGUGAUAUUAAUGAUAAUAACGAGGAGGACGAAAUGACCGGCAGGAAGAAAAGGACUGUUAUGUUAGAUUUACUUUUAUCUGUACAAAAGAAUGGUCAAAUUGAUGAUAAAGGUAUUCAAGAGGAAGUCGACACGUUUAUGUUCGAAGGGCACGACACGACUGCUGGUGGUUUAACGUAUACGCUUUUAUUGUUAGCAAACCACUCGGACAUUCAGAAGAAAGUCGUAGAGGAGUUGUAUAAAAUAUUUGGUGAAGACACACGUGAGGCUACUUUGGGUGAUUUAGCUGAAAUGAAAUACCUAGAGCUGUGCUUAAAAGAAAGUGUGCGAUUGUAUCCUCCUGUCCCGCACAUAUUAAGACAAAUAACACAGCCUUGUAAACUAAGUAAUUUCGAUAUACCAGCAAAUACAAUGUGCAGUAUCCACAUAUACGACUUGCACCACAAUCCCAAACUCUACCCUGACCCGGAAAAGUUCGAUCCUGAGCGGUUCCUGCCGGAGAACAGCGUGGGUCGACACAACUACGCCUACAUACCCUUCAGCGCCGGACCCAGAAACUGCAUUGGUCAAAAGUUUGCGAUGAUGGAAAUGAAAUCGGCUAUUUCAUCAAUAUUAAGAAACUUCGAGCUAGUUCCUGUGACCAAGGUGGAAGAAGUAGUAUUAACUGCAGACAUAGUGCUAAGGAAUACUGAUCCUAUCUACGUUAAGUUCCAACCCAAAAGUCGGUACUUGAAUUUAAUAAAUAUUUGAUAUAAUA